CCAGUUAAAACACGUUGCCGCGGAGUUUCGUCCGGCGCCAGAGCGAUUCGAUUUGUUUUAUCGUGUCUAGUUGAUUUUUGUGAAGAAUGUCCAGCUCAGAAAGUGAUGUGGACGAUUUUUCCGAUGUGGAGCGAGAGAAACUGGCCAAAGCCGCGGCCAACGGCGACGGUUCCAGUGCGGAGGGAAAUGGUACCGGGAGCGACAACGAAAACCCAGAGGAGGCUAAUGGUACCGACGAGACGACCAGCUGGGAAGACUUGGGACUAAUCGACACAAUCUGCCAAGCGUGUCGAGCUUUAAAAUGGAAGGCUCCGUCGAAAAUUCAGCGUGAAGCCAUCCCACUCGCGCUGGAGGGUAAGGACAUUAUCGGGCUGGCCGAGACUGGAUCGGGAAAAACGGGUGCCUUUGCGAUACCCAUCCUGCAAGCGCUACUGGACAAUCCGCAGCGUUACUUUGCGAUCGUGCUCACGCCGACCCGUGAGCUGGCGUUCCAAAUUUCGGAACAGUUCGAGGCCCUCGGUGCCACCAUCGGGAUCAAAUGUUGCGUGGUCGUCGGUGGGAUGGAUCUGGUGACACAAGCGAUACAGUUGGCACGCAAACCGCACAUUAUCAUUGCAACGCCCGGUCGGUUGGUUGACCAUCUGGAAAACACUAAGGGUUUCAACCUGAAGGCGAUCAGGUACCUGGUGAUGGACGAAGCGGACCGAAUCCUCAACAUGGACUUUGAGGUGGAAGUGAACAAAAUCCUCAAAGUGAUCCCACGGGAAAGGCGCACGUUUUUGUUCAGUGCCACGAUGACGAAGAAGGUGAAGAAGCUCGAGCGAGCUUGUCUGCGCGAUCCGGCCAAGGUGGAAGUAUCGAGCAAGUACCAGACGGUGGAAAAGCUUCUGCAGUACUACAUUUUCAUCCCAGCCAAGUACAAAGAUGUCUAUCUGGUGCAUAUCCUGAACGAGCUCGCUGGCAACAGUUUCAUGAUCUUCUGCAGCACCUGCAGCAACACCGUCCGGACGGCGCUGGUGCUUCGAGCGCUCGGGCUUGCCGCCGUCCCACUGCACGGUCAGAUGUCGCAGAACAAACGGUUGGCCGCACUGAACAAGUUCAAGUCGCAAUCGCGCCAGAUUCUCAUCUCGACCGAUGUGGCUUCGCGUGGUCUCGACAUCCCGCACGUAGACGUCGUGCUCAAUCUGGACAUUCCGAUGCACAGCAAGGACUACAUCCAUCGGGUCGGUCGUACCGCACGUGCGGGUCGUGCUGGUCAGGCGAUCACCUUUGUCACACAGUACGACGUGGAGCUGUACCAGCGCAUCGAACAUCUGCUCGGCAAAAAGUUGCCCCUGUUCAAGUGCGAAGAGGACGAGGUGAUGGCACUGCAGGAGCGCGUUGCCGAAGCCCAGCGGACGGGCCGAAUGGAACAGCGCGAUAUCGAGGAGCGAAAAGCAAGCAAGGGGCCGAAGGGCAAAAAGCGUGGCGGCGACUCGGACGAUGACGAUACGGAGCAGUUCAAUGGAGUUCGCAAGCGGCUAAAACCAGGCCAAGGAAAAGGAAAGGGGAAGGGUAGAAAACCAAGGAAAUAAGACGCCACGUUCUGUGACCCCCUCCGGUGCACUUUAGCGUUUACGUUUUUCUGUAAAAUAAACGGAAAUCUAAGGCAAAAAC